GGGAUUUUUUUUUCGAAAUAUUCGCACUGAAAAUUUUAGGGGGGAAAUGGGGAUUUUUUUCUCGUGAUUCUGUUAAAAUUUCGUGCAAAUCCUCAUAAAGUUUAUGACAAAUGGGAUUUUUAUUGAUAGAGGGUUUAGGGGUCCAUUGUACAUUCGAGGAUUUUAAGGGGAGUAGCGGAGUUUUGGUUCAGACACUUUCCGAGAGCCUCCAUUCUAAGACGACUUAACAUCGAAAUUAACAGACAUAAAUACGUAGUGAUUUAACACAUAUUUUUAAAUAUUUUCAAAUCAUCCGGAAAGGUCCGAUAUUCAACCGAAACUCCCGCAAUCCAGCGUUUGAAUGAUUUCAACAACUGUGUCGUCGCGAAAUCCGGGACUACUGAAUUGGGGGUGAUAUUUUGUUUAAAAAAAAAUAACCAGGUGAACGCACUCACUCGUGACGUGUGUGGAACGCGGAACCCCGGGCGAGACAAAUGACCGUCUGCUUGGCCGCAAAACCACCAUUUAGAUGUGACCGCACGAUCCUGUGAGAUUCCCUCAAAUUUUAAUGAAUAUCAAAAAUAUAUUCAAAUAUCAAAUUCGUUCAGUCAACUCUCGAUCGCCGAGGGUCGUCCACUGGCCCAAUCACCAUUUUUUCACUUAAAUGCGUAAAAAAAAUUCAAAAAAUGUAGAUAAUCAACAACCGGAUUUCCCAAUUUUAAUUCGAUUCAAAGAUCUUUUCAUUAAUAAAUUUAUUGAAAUGCCGGAAAUUUUGUUUUUCUGCGCAGUCGAUUUUUGGUGUUAAUUUAUUCGAAAUUCCCGAAAUAUUUACUAUAGGAAAAUACAUAUCACUGCCAUGUAAAUGUCUUUAGCUUUUUGAACAAUUAUGUGAAUUAUCAUUUUGAACAAAAGAUAUUGUAAAUACUGCAAGUUUAGAUUUGAAAAUAUUAGAGCAUUUAAAACUCCUUAAAGUUUUUGACAACAUUCGUGAAAUAAACUUCACAAAAAUAAUCAAUACCAUUGAAGGAUACCUAAAAGAAAUUACAAGUGAAAAGUUUGACAGACUAGCCAUGAAUAAAUGAAGAUGUCCGGGGGUUUUGCGGCCUCCCAUGACGAAGGAAGGGGACGAGGGCCGAAGGGAGGUGGGGUGGAGGGGAAGCCAACAGCUCCUUCGAGAAGUCAACGUCCGAAGAUUACGGCAAUGACAUUCACUUUUUCUCACCAACUUCUGCGAUCAUUUUUUUCCGCAUCUCGGAUUCAUCAUCUCCUGGAGAAUGUCAUUUCAGUCCAGCGAUGGAACGCCAAGUGAGAAUUCCAUCACGUUCCAUGAAAAACUGGUGGACGUGACGAGAAAAAAAUCGGGAAAUACCGUGCAUCACCGGAAGACGAUGGGCUGAGCCCUCAAAGGGACAGAAAAAUAUUGUUUUUCAUGUGAACAAAAAGUGAUUGAAACUGAGACAACAAGAGAUGAUGAAACUAGUUUAUUGUGAUUCAGUGUUCGUGACUGUUGUUGAUAUUAAAAAGAAGGGGGGGACACGAAUUUUGGGAUAACGACGUUGUAAAAUGGAUGUUUUUAAAAUCGAUCAGUCGCUGACGGCUGGACUAGGUAGCGCACCGGCGCCAGACACUCUAACGCCGGAUGUGUCAUUUGAUGCCGGAAGUGAGUUCAAUCUUAGUUUCUUCGAUGGUCCUGAGGAUAAUAGUACACAGGGUUUCAGUGAUCCUGGUUCAGUUGGUAGUGCUAGUGCAUCACCACCGCCUGGUACACCAGGAAGUUUAACCGUUACACCUUCAAAUGCCAAUUUGCCGAUUGUGCAGGUGCCCUCUGGUAUUGUCAUUAAGCAAGAGCAACAUUACGCGGCUGCGGACUCCAACAGUUCGACUCCAGCCAAGAGUUUUGUACCUUGUAGGGUGUGCGGUGACAAGGCGAGCGGUUUUCAUUACGGUGUUACCAGCUGUGAGGGCUGCAAGGGUUUUUUUCGACGAAGCAUUCAAAAGCAGAUAGAGUACAGGUGUUUGCGGGACGGCAAGUGUCUCGUGAUAAGAAUGAACCGGAAUCGUUGUCAAUACUGCAGAUUCAGAAAGUGCCUAGCCGUUGGCAUGUCACGUGACUCUGUGCGGUACGGCCGUGUGCCAAAGCGUUCACGAGAGCGCGGCCCCGAGGAUUCAGUGGCCACGACAUCGCCAACAACGACGACAACAACAGUUACGGGUGGAAAUCAGCAAAUAUCUUCAGCUGUCAACAACAACAAUAUCAACAAUAAUAAUAAUAUUAAUAACAAUAAUAAUACGACAGCUAGCAACAAUAAUGUAACGAAUAACGGCAGUACUAAUAGUAAUCAGCCGCAGAGUGUGAUACCCCGGGUACCAUCGGCGACGGUUGUCGAGGCGGAUCAGUCCGAUAGUGAUAGCAAACAAUUGGCAGUUUACGAUGUCAUUCUUCAGGUGUCACAGGCACAUCAUGCACAUUGCGGCUUUACUGACGAGUCGACGAGAGGGCUCAUCAAAAAGCCAAUGAUCAUGCCACCUGCGAGCCCGGAAGACCCGGAGGCAGCUUCAUCGACGGCCGAGGCAGUUGAGUCCCAGAGGAUUUGGCUGUGGCAACAAUUUGCCACUCGCGUCACUCCCUCUGUUCAGAGAGUCGUUGAAUUUGCCAAAAGAGUACCUGGUUUCUGUGAAUUGACCCAAGACGACCAACUCAUACUCAUCAAAGUUGGUUUCUUCGAGGUCUGGCUGUGUCACAUAUCCAAGAUGACUAAUGACAGUUCAAUGACCUUCGAGGAUGGUACUUAUAUCACUAAACAGCAGAUUGAAAUCAUGUACGAGCUGGAUUUCGUCACCGCCCUGAUGCAAUUCACGUCAGCCCUGAAUGCCCACCAGUUGUCAGAUGCAGAGCUGGGUCUCUUCUCAGGGGCUGUUCUCCUCAGUGAGAGACCUGGACUGAACGAUGUCAAAGCUGUGCAGAGGCUUCAGGAUCGUCUCCUCGAGGCCCUGCGAAUCCAGGGUGGGAGGAAUCACUCGUCUGAUAUAUCUCCUGUUGGGUGUUCCGGGGUCAUUGGAAUUGCCCAGAGGAUACCCGAGCUUCGAGCCCUCGGUUCCACACACGCUAAUCUACUCGACUGGUUCAGGAGAAAUUGGACAAAGCUCAAAUUACCACCUCUCUUCGCUGAGAUUUUUGACAUUCCCAAGUGCGAGGAGGACUUGCAAUGAACCGAUACUUGGAGGAAUUUAACGAGGCCUGAACCGUGAAUCGCCUGCCGUAUCCACGACAAACCCUCACAGAGGACAGCGCGAAGAGCGAGCGAACCUAGUAAACACAUAUCGGACUUGGAACACGAUCCGUUCAACCCUUAAAUAAUAAAAGUUCUUGCCCGCACAAAGUGAUAUAUCUGAAGAACAAAACUGACUGGAGAGCAUUCGCACGAGACAGGGAAAAUACUCAUCCCAUUACUCGGAAUAAUCAUCUCCGUUCAGCGAAUGAAAAAAAUGGAGAUCAAUCGUAGAGAGGAAAUAUUCAAUGAAUCUAUCAAGGAGAUUGAGGAGUUCAGUACCUAUAUACUCGGUAAAAAAUAAGUACCCACCAGCCGCUGGAGGAGCAGCGCGAGGUAUUCUAGAGAAUAUUUAAAAUCAUUUAAAAAAAAACGAGUUGAAUCGUCGAGACCUAUCUGAGGAAUUAAAAAAUCUCUUCGUGGGCGUGACUCCUUAGGUGCAUGCGCUAAGUAUCUCUGCAAUCUAUUUUUAUUACUUGAAUCUAGACUAGUAAAAUGAAUUGAAAUGAAUUUAUCUCUAGCCAAUUUCAUGGGCGGGGUAGCUGGGGGAGGGAGAGAAGAAAUUAUCGUCGGGAAAAAUUGUUUUAAUACGAACGAGUGUGGAAUUGCAUAUCUUAAGUGAGUUAUUGUGUUGUUUUCCAAUCUAAAUUGUAGCUGACCAUGCUCAUGAGAGAAUUAUAUUGAAAUGACAAUUGUUGGAAUUAUAAUAAGAUUAAUUUGCUCAGAAUUUGCACAAUCAUCAUAUCAUUAUUUUAGAAAUGUUUAUUCCAAAUGAUUUGGGGCAAUUUAUCGAGGAAAUCUUCAAUUUUUUCUUCGGAAUAAUUAAUAUUGCGAUGUCUGGAGUCAAGUGGUGGAUUGAUUGAUUGAAAAAAUUAGAUUUCUCUAUUAUUUCCAUUGAGUAAUAUUCAAAUAAUUUGAUCUAAAUGAAAGUAAUUUGCAAGAACUCAAGAGGAGAAAAAACUACUGGAAUGGGAAGAAGACUUUGGUCCAUGAAUUUUCUUCCAAAAGAAUAAAGUUAAAACUGGAAUAAAAAUAUCGACCACUUGAUUCUCACGACAAAAAAACUAAGAUGUACUUAAUUAAGCGAUAAAGGCACUCUAAAUAUAAAAGAAAGAAGAAUAUAUGUACAUUCAUGAUAUUAAGGAAAUUUUCAAUUUUAAGCGCUCACAUCAAGUUGUGAAUUAACAUAUCAUACAUUACUAAUAUAUUGAGAGAAAAUGAUAAAAACUUGAAUAUAACUAAUAUAUAGAGAACAAAAUAUAUCGAUUGAAGCGAAGGAACAAUGAUGAACCAUUGGGAUAGGCUCCCUUCAAAAUUUUCUAGUCCUAACCGAUCAUUUAUUCGUUUUAUCCAUUCGGAAACUCGAGAGAGAGGGAGAGAGAGAGAGAGAGAGAAUCACAUUGAAACGGCCAAAUACUUCGUUAAUAUUAAGGUUAAUACAUUAUGGAAGCAUGGAGAAUCGACAUGUGGAUAUUAUUUCUCUAAUUCUUGGAUAUUAUUUACAAUCACGUGAUUUAAAAUCGAUAAAAAUUAUUUUAAAAAUCUCGAAUAGCAAUUUGCGGUUCAAAUGAUAAUGGAAAACGGUGCUAUCUCAUUUAUUUAAAGCCAAAAUCAUUUUCCAAAUCCAGAAAAUGCGCACAAAAAUUUUAUUUCCAAAAUAAAGAGAACUUGCAAGUGGAAAAAAUCGCCUAAUGUGUGGAAAAAUUUUGUGUCGUGAAUUCUCAAAACUAAACGAGUCAAAAAAAUCGGAAAGAUAUCUUAAGAGAUCCCGAUUCUUUGGUGCGCCUUUGGGAGAGAAUUUAUGGCCCAAAGUCUUCCCUCUAUUUCCAUAAUUUUUUCUACUUCUCAGACCUUUUCAAUCAUUGAUAAUUCAUGCUGUUUUUUAUUUUAACGCGACAAAGACAAUUCAAGAUACUGGUGCGAGGGCUGAAUAGGAAGAAGUGUUAAAAUGUAUAUAUAAUAAUAAUUAUGUACUAAAUGAUAUACUAUGACUGCUCUAUACUGCUGAAGUACAAAUGUUUUCAUUUAAUUACGUUAUACAUAAAUGUUUUUCUUCAAUUUUUUUUUAUUACUGAGUACUCAAAGCAUUUUUUUUCUAUAUAUUUAUUAUCAAUGUUACGAGUGAGGGUAUGUGGAAGAUUUCUAUGGGAUACGUAAUUAAUUUUAUGAUACGUGCAUUCGGUUUAUCGAGUGAUAUUUGAGCUUUUGCCUGUCAUCGAUUUGUUUCUCUUCUUUUUUUUAUCUAUCGUGGUUUCAGGAUCAUUCUCUUCCUGAUUAGUUAAUUUUUCGGUUUAUUCGGGGGAGAGGGGAAGUGUUGGCUUUUUGGCGAGAUGUGGUUAUGCGACAAUCAUCCAUUAUGUGGAAACUAUUGUGAGUCCUGUUACAUGUUGAAAAUUCGAUUUUAAUGGGCUUGAGGGGAUUCACGAUUAUUGUUUAGAAAUGGGGGGUCGUUUUUUGUCUUGUGAUAUGGAUCUCGAAUUUCUUUCGGGGGGAGAGAAUAGGAUUUUGAAUUUUUUGGGGGCAAUGCCAUAAAUCGAUGAAUCUCAGUCGGGUUGCAUUCAAAAAAUUGUGAAGCAAAUACUUAGCGGAUAGGAAGAAUAAAAUUGAUGUGAGGAUUCUCUCCUCUUAGAUUGUAAUCAAUCGAAACAUCGACGGAAUCAUCAGAUCGUCUAGGGGGAUUGGGGGAAAAUGGAAUAUAAGGAGAACAGAAUCGAAUGGCUCUAAUUUGACUCUCGAAAAAAUUUGCAUUUGGGAAAUGGAAUCAAAUUGUUUUAAGGGUCAACUAACCUUCAGGAAUUUUUCUAUUUGAAAAUUUAAUCGUCUUAAGGGUGAAACAAACACCUUCAAACAUAAAUAAUUUUUUUUCGGUCAAAUUGAAAAUUUGCUGACCGUGAAACACGUCCAGAACUAAAAUACUUUUGAGAUGUUCCAUUUCGCCCAAUCUCCCCUGAUUAUUCCAAGUGAUUAGUGAGUAAAAAUGCUGCACAAACGUGUUCUAUAAUUUAUAAAUCAACUCCACAGAGACUUGCGUACUUAAACGAAUCGAUUGCGGGGGGAGGGAAAUCGCAGGUAUUUUCUCGAACAAAAAUAAAGGAUAACUUGGUAAUCUGUCGCUCACUUCUGCUCAUAUGUAACGCCCAUUUACCAUGUAUAACGCAAAGAAAGAAAAACCUAUCAUUUGAGGGAAAUCUUAAUCGUAAAACGACUUGGUGCCAAUUAUGAAUUAAUGUUAAAAAUAGGUUUAGAUGGGAAGAUGCGAUGGCAAUUUUAGAUAAAUUAUCCUUAUCGCUCGGACAUAAAAAAAAACUUUAAGUGAAUGGGGGAUGAUUCCAUGCCCCUGGAGAUAAUAGAUAAAUAAAUUUUUCGCUUUAUCCUUUUUAACGAUUACACAUCUCUUCAUCGAUUAAGAGGUGUUGAAUUAAAACACUGAUGUUAGAAUUUAGCCGAUAGGUACAAUGAAUUAUUACCGUAUUAGUUGAACUCAUGAAGUUUUUUUUUUCAUUGGAUAAAAUACAAAAAAAAUGCUGAUGUAAUUUAGAUAUCGAAUGGAAGAGGAAAAAUAUUUGUGGCGAUUUGAAAUAGUUAUUUAAGUAUAUCAUAGAGAUAAUAUAUUCCCACGUUUUCAUCGACUUGUUUUAUCAAAAUAACUAUGUCGAAACUAUUUUUCAUUGUUGUGUGGUUUUAGAGAUUGAAGAGAUAUGCUUGCGAUCCACAUCUUUUUUUGUCUAAUUCAUUAAGUUUUAAUGUAUUUAUAUCUAAUAUUACCAGUACGCUCAUUUUUUUCUUUACACUGUUCUUAUUCGUCCGGUUACUUUAGUUUAUUAUUCCCCGUUUUCUUCAUUAGAGAAUUGUGAGAAAAUACGAAGAUAAUUGUAUCGUCCAUUCUUGACACAUGUUUUUUCAUAUGAAACGAUGGCAUUGCCGAAAUAAAUAUGGGAUUGGAAGACUUGAUGAAUUGAAAUAAAUGAUUUUCUUUCUCUA